AUGGCUGCUGCUGGUGGUGGCGGUGCAAAUCCCAUCCAGGAUCUCUGCCAUGAAGCCACUUGCCCCAUCUGCCUGGAAUAUUUCAAGGAUCCAGUGAUCAUCUCAGGGUGUGGGCACAACUUCUGCCGAGCCUGCCUGACCCGGUACUGGGGGGAGCUGGAAACGGGGGCAUCGUGUCCUCAGUGCAGAUAUACGGCUCAGCGGAACAGCGUCCAGCCAAACCGGCAGCUGGCAAAUGUGGUGGAAAUCGCCAGGAAGCUCGACCUCCAGGGCGGAAAGGAGGAAGGAGGAGAGCAGGGAGUCUGUGAGAUGCUCCAGGAGCCCCAGAAACUCUCCCGCAAAGACCACAAACCCCUCAUCUGUGGGGCAUGCAAUAAAUCCAAGGAACAUGGAAACAAGGUAGGAGGAAAUCAUUCUGGAUCUUGGCGGUGUGUGCGAAAGCUGUCGAUUCCUUUUGGGGAAGUUUUCUGUGGGUUCCCUUGUUUACAUUCUUGCAUUUUGGUAUGCAAAUAAAUGCAUGGGGAAGCCUUACAUUAACUCUUUCCCUCCCUGCUAGGCUCCCAAUUGGUGCCAGGGUACCAAAGUGGAAACAGUCAGCCUCAGAGAGAGGAGUUUUUGGGGGACCUGUGGCAAGAAGGGAAAGCAAGGGGACUGGAAAACAAUCUUAAGCGCUAUCAGAUGAACAACUAAACUCAGGAAGUUCCAACAGCUAAACAUAUGCAUUCGAUGGAACUUUUUAACUAGCUCCACCCAGAUAACACAUUAUUUUAUUUUAUUUUAUUAUUAAUCCAUUAUUAUUAUUUUAUUAUUAUUAAUCCAGUUAAUUAAUUAAUUUGUACACCACCCUUCAUACGAAGAUCACAGGAUGGUUCACAACAUUAAAAUGCAAAACGAGAACAAAAAAUACAUAAUAAAAACAAGAACAAAAACAAACCAAUUUUUAAAAAAAAUUUCCUUCCAGUAGCACCUUAGAGACCAACUAAGUUUGUUAGUGGUAUGAGCUUUCGUGUGCAUGCACACUUCUUCAGGUGUCUUAGUUGGUCAGUUAGUCUCUAAGGUGCUACUGGAAGGAAUUUUGUUUGUUUGUUUGUUUCGACUACAGCAGACCAACACGGCUACCUACCUGUAACAAAAACAAACCAGUAACCCUUCUCCCUCAAACACUUUUAAAAGGUCAUUGAAUAUUAAUAAGCCAAAGGCCUGGUUAUAGUUGAAUGUUUUUUUGCCUGGCAAGUGACAAGUGCCGUCUCUUCUGCCAUGUCUUGAAAAAACCAUGUCAACCUUUCUUUUUUCACUCAAUUCCUAUCUGCAAUAGAGAAACAGGGAGGGGGUGUAAUGCCCUUGUGCUCUGUGGGGAGCUGGCUCCAGGCCCUAGGCCCCUUGGCAGACCAACUAUGCGUUACAAAGAUGUCUGCAAAUGUGGCAACAUUAACCCCACCGUCUGGGAAUCCCUUGCAGAUGAUCGCAGAGCCUAAGAGAGUCAGAUUGUGUAUCCAUAGCAGUGACUAGAGUAAGGAUGACUCCUGGGAGGAGUGCAGAGAGAAGAAACGCCAUGGUGCACAUUUGUAACAGCAAAACUGGAUGCCUUCAUCUGCCCCGGCUGCAACAAAACAUGCCUCUCCCGUAUCAGUCUCUACAGCCACAGCAGGCGCUGUAACACUCCAGCAGUUUGACUUCACCCCCGAAGGUGCACUCCUCCAUUGUUUCCCGAGACAGGGAUGCCAUCAACAACAAGCUCCCUCAACUGCUUGGGGUUGAUCUCUCACCUGCCGCUGACUCCUUCCCACUUUUUCGCAGUCCUUUGGGGCCCUACCUGCAAACAGGGAAGUGUGUCAGUGUGUCUCUGUGUAUGUACAGUCAUACCUCUUGUUACGUUUGGUUCAGGUUACGUCUUUUCAGGUUGCGUCCCGUGGCGACCUGGAAGUACCGGAAAGGGUUACUUCCGGGUUUCACCGCUCGCGCAUGCGCAGAUGCUCAAAAUGACGUCAUGCGCAUGCGCAGAAGCGGUGAAUCACGACCCGCGCACGUGGAGAUGCGGGUUGCAUUCUGCUUAUGUUGCAAAUGGGGCUCUGGAAUGGAUCCCGUUCACAACCAGAGGUACCACUGUAUUCAUUUUGUGUGUUGUCUUCCCCCCUGUGCUGUGAAUGUGCUACUGGAGUAAAACUAGUGUCGGAUUCCCACAGACAUUUGUAGUUGGCCACUGUGAGAAGAGAAGGUUGGCCGGAUCCAUUGGCUUGAUCCAGCAGGCUCUUCUUGUGUUCAUAAUUCUUACCUGAUGGUCUGUGUCUGUUUCCAGAGGCUGUAAGGCCAGAGGUUUCCCCAGACACUGGAAGGGAUGGCAGGAAGCAAACAAGCCUCUUUUUCACCUCCUCUUUCUCACCCACCCACUUGAACUCUUAUCUUCCCCUCAGGAUCUGAUCUGUACUCGCCUGGAGGUACUGAGGAAAGAGAGAGAGAGAAUUCUGGCAUACAAAGCCAACACGGAAAGAGAAAGCAGAGACCUGCUUGUAAGCGUUGCCUCAUUUUCAACUACUGCUGCAAGGGGAACGAGUACUUGAAUCAACAAAUAUGAUUCUUUUCUGGAGUAAUAUAAAAUGGAGGCAUCCCAAAAGUUCUUCUGUCCUGCUUUGCAGAGCUAUCUGUUGUUUGGAAUUGUCCUGGGGCAGAUCUACACUCGUAGUUUAUAACGUUAAAAUGUGACGCCAGAGCGAGUCUCCAAUAAUGGAAAAUUGCAAUUCAGGAUUAUAGAACGUUAUAUUUUUUUAAAAAAGUUUAGCAGAUCAAUGUAGAUCCACCCCUGGUCUCCUGUAAAAAUUCUUAAUGAAAGGCCUUUCUAAGGUUGGGCUCUUGUAAAUCUUUAGGAAACACCCACCCUCUUUAAGUGUUAAAGUAAAUAUGUGAGGGGGCUGAGGACCCUGGAUUCCUCCCUCCCCCCUCAAUGUGGAAGGCAGUACUUCUGUAGCAACUCUUUUAUGUCUGCGUAGGUUCCCAUCCCAUUUUCUUUAUGGUGUUUAUAGCCCACUCUUUAACCAAAAAGGCCUUCCGAGUUUCCAAAAAUCAGUACUGAGAUGGUCCUUGCCCUCAGGCUUACAGUCUGAAAAGAUCUGACACACACAGAAGACUCAAAACAUUGACUUCCAUGAGUUGGAACGUAACAGAAAUGGCAUUGGGGAAGGGACAGGCCUUGAGUACUUGUCCCUGCUAUAUCCCAACUUGUUUACUGAAGUGCCUGAAUAAGGCUGGGUGUUGAUUGUGGUCUGUAGAAUAUCUGAGGUGCCCUUCCAGUGGAAUUCUCCCCUGGGAUCUUCAGAUGAAGGGCAGUAUAUGUUAAGUUGUGGGUGAACAUAUCAGACGACACAGCGAUUCUUCAAACAGCUCUUUUUUAUUCACAGGCCAGGACAGAACUGAACUGAAGGGUUCAGUCAGCCUGCUUAUAUAGAGCUCCAGUACAACGUAACUAACAAUUUUCUAAAACUAUCCAAUCACUGAACGUCACUUUCGAUCCCUUAUUUGCAUAACUAUCUACAGUAUCCCCCUGCUGGCCCAGGGUGAGAACUUCAGUACAUAACAGUAUGCAUAUUUAACAGAUGAUGAUGAUGAUGAUGAUUCCCAUAACUUACCUCUUGAUGUUCUAAAGACAUCUGCUUUUCCUCCUCUUUCCAAAUGCUUCUUUUAGCUUUUAACAGAAGUGGAAAAACAGAAGACGGCCGAAAUGUUCAGACAAUUACGGCAGUUUCUGGAAGAGCAGGAGCAGGUUCUUCUGGCUCAGAUGGAAGAGGUGGAGAAGGAGAUUGCAAAGAAGAGGGAGGAGCACCUGGACAGACUCUCCUGGAAACUCUCCUCUCUCGAAAGGAUCAUGCAGGAGAUGGAGGAGAAGCACCAGCAGCAGCCAGCAAGUGAUCUCCUGCAGGUCAGAUUAGGGCAGAAACAGCCUCGUGUUGGACUGAUUCCAAACCUUGGACCGCUUCAUUCACUUAAAAAAGCAGCGGAAAGAAAGCAGAGUGUGGAGCGGAGAGCCAGGUCUCUCAUCAGAGCAUAGCUGUCAACGUUUCCCUUUUUAAAGGGGAAUUCCCUUAUUCCAAAUAGGAUUCCUCGCAAGAAAAGGGAAAAGUUGACAGCUAUGCAUCAGAGUGAAGCAACUUGCCUUGGGAGCAAGCUCUCCUGGAGGAGGUGCUGCCUGUGUCAUGCCCACUUCUCAUUGCCAAGCACCCACCACAGGAAGUGGCGGUAGUAGCUGGCUGGGCAAGGAAGCGUCGACAGCGGUGGAGGCUUCCCAAGAGCUGCUGCACCUCUCACCAGUGAGAGCCAGUGUGGUGUAGUGGUUAAGAGCGGUAGACUUGUAAUCUGGUGAACCGGGUUUGCUUCCCCGCUCCUCCACAUGCAGCUGCUGGGUGACCUUGGGCUAGUCACACUUCUCUGAAGUCUCUCAGCCUCACUCACCUCACAGAGUGUUUGUUGUGGGGGAGGAAGGAAAAGGAGAUUGUUAGCUGCUUUGAGACUCCUUCGGGUAGUGAUAAAGUGGGAUAUCAAAUCCAAACUACUCCUCCUCCUCCUCCUCCUCCUCUUCUUCUUCUUCUUCUUCUUCUUCUUCUUCUUCUUCUUCUUCUUCUUCUUCUUCACCACCUCCCUGCCACCACCUCACCAGCACCACCACUACCCACCCCCUCAUAACUCCCCCGGCACUGCCACCGCCACAACAGCGACAUCCUUCCCCUCGACCCCAGUGGCUGUGACGGGCCUCUCCUCUCCUCACCCCUGGGGAGCCAUCUUCCUCCUCUCCCUCUUGGGGGCAGCCCAGGGGUUUUCCCCAAUUUCCCCUGUUUUAAGUCAACCACCUUCCAAGUGCACCACUUUCCUUGUUGACUUAAUUAUCUCAUGUAGGUUUCCCACCCACCCCCAUGGGAAAGCAGCAAAAACUGCCCUCACAUUUGGGGGAAAUGACAUCCCCAAUCCUUGUGUGGUGUCUGCUAGGCAGGCCAGAGGGCCAGAGUGAAUGCUAGUCAGGGUCUGAGGCAUCUUCAUAGCAUGGCCUGAGGCAGGCAUUGAAUUCCUUCUCCUCUGUCUCUCUCUCUUUCCUUCUAGGACGUUGGAAGAACCUUGCCAAGGUAAGUGGAUCUCACUCACGGUAGGUAUCCUGCUGCCACCAGUCACCGCCUCCCUUGCUUCCCUUCCCCGUCACUAUUUCCCUGUCCACUCUCAAUUGCUAGGAGGGGAGACUCCACAAAAAAACCCACUCAAUAAAACAGGUGUCUGAAGCAACAUUGCCUUCUCCGUUUGCUCAACGCCUAGGUCCAAAGGCAACAUGGGGGUCCCCUGGAUGGGCUUUGGACAAAUAAUUUGAAUUAGUUGUACAUCUGUGGAAGGUCCUGCUGAACCUCUGCUCUAAAACCAGUUUUCAAAAGAUAUGUAGCUUGUCAAAGCCAAGGUCCCUUUCAACUCCUCAUUACCUCAGGAAACAAAUAUUUGCGUUUAACCGUCACAAAGAGGAAGCUGUUGGUCUCCCACACAAAAUCCGCGGACUUUCUUUAGGGCAACUGGGACGUUAGCUCCAACCAAGAGAGGCCAGUUUAGUCAUUCUAGCAGCAACCCACCCAGGGGACAACCCACACAGUUCCAUGCGCACACCUGUCUCACGGGGCAUCCAUGCGGUGGGGCUACUCACAAGGGGGUGGACUAUAUUCAUUUGCAACUUCAAGGUGCCACUCAGGUUCAGGACGGAGGUUAUAAGGAACACCUCAGUUUCGCCAACAGCAACCGGCAUCUUUCUCUUCUCCACAUCUCACUGGGGGGGUCAAACAGAGAAAUAAACUGUGAUGUGCUGUCAUUACACAGUGAAGUUGGAGCAGAGAUGGCCUAAGCAGGGUGGUAGCACGUGACAAGUGAUCUUUCAGUAGAUACAUGUGGGGAGAUGCAGAGACAUUUUGGCCCUCAGGUAUCUGGCUUUAGAGUCCAAACUGCCACAAGGGACGCGGGUGGCGCUGUGGGUUAAACCACAGAGCCUAGGACUUGCCGAUCAGAAGGUCUGUGGUUUGAAUCCCCACAACGGAGUGAGCUCCCGUUGCUCGGUCCCUGCUCCUGCCAACCUAUCAGUUCGAAAGCACGUGAAAGUGCAAGUAGAUAAAUAGGUACCGCUCCGGCGGGAAGGUAAACGGCGUUUCCGUGCGCUGCUCUGGUUCGCCAGAAGCGGCUUAGUCAUGCUGGCCACAUGACCUGGAAGCUGUACGCCGGCUCCCUUGGCCAAUAAAGCGAGAUGAGCGCCGCAACCCCAGAGUCGGCCACGACUGGACCUAAUGGUCAGGGGUCCCUUUACCUUUACUAGGAGUUAACAUUGUUUUUCUCCACCAGGAGUGAGAAAAUGGAGACACUUGUGAAUCCAGUGGCCUUCCCUCCAGAGCUGAAGCAGAGGAUCAGAGAAUUCCAUUAUAAAAAUCCCUCUCUGGAGGAACUUAUGAGACAAUUCAAAGGUAAUGAAGAAUGACUGCAAGGAUUUUGUGCCAGGCAUUAUUUGACUUCCAAAAUUAAUGUGUCAGGUUUUUAUCAUAUUUUAUAUUGUUCUUUCUACAGACAGCAGUAGCACCAGCAAAGCUUCCUUUUCAGGGGCCAAGACACCAUUUUCACCCAGAAUGCCCUAUAUACGUUGCCACAAAUCAAGGCCGUUUGCACUAAGCAUAUAGCAAAGCCUAGGUGUUCUGCUCCAACAUGUGUCAGUUUACAUUUACAAAUACAGUGGUACCUCGGGUUAAGUACUUAAUUUGUUCCAGAGGUCUGUUCUUAACCUGAAACUGUUCUUAACCUGAAGCACCACUUUAGCUAAUGGGGCCUCCUGCUGCAGCCGCGCCGCUGGAGCACGAUUUCUGUUCUCAUCCUGAAGCAAAGUUCUUAAUCUGAAGCACUAUUUCUGGGUUAGGGGAGUCUGCAACCUGAAGCGUAUGUAACCUGAAGCAUAUGUAACCCGAGGUACCAUUGUAAUCUCCUCUACCCACACUGAAUUCCAAUCCUCAUAAUAAUUGCAAGCCCAGAUCAUCUUUAGACUUCCUUUCUGCCCAUAUCAAAGCUCAUUUCAUGAAAACCAGGCAGUCUCCUGGUCCUUUUUUCGUUUUAGGUUUAUGCAGUUUUAUCCUGAAGAUUUUAUCAAUAUCAAGUGAUAAGUCCUCCUCCUGAACCCCCAACCAGUCCGCCAGGGCUUUUAAUAAUUUUGUUGAAAUGUCCUCAUCCUGGCUCUCUGGUAUUCCUCUCAGGCGGGGAUCAUCUUUAGACUUCCUUUCUGCCCAUAUCAAAGCUCAUUUCACUGUAUGAUACUGACAGCUGCUGAAAAGAGCUUCAGAGGGAGCAAAGUGAAGCUUGUUCUCAUAUCCUGACUUUUGCUGUGAAUGACCACAUUUCAAGUUUCUGCAUCCUGGAAAAGAUCUCCCUCCAUUCCCUUUCUGUCAAGGGUUGCAUUCCAUUACAGAAACAUUUUUGGGCAAAAACCCAUCCCACUCCAUAGCAACAGAAUCACAACUCCUAUCCUGAUAAACCCUGGAUGAGAAUGAGAACUUGCGGAAUGAGCAGUGAAUACUGGGCAGUAUCUUUACCUUUGUCCAUUUCCAAGUUUUUAAUACAGUGGUACCUUGUUUCUCAAACUUAAUCCGUUCCGGGAGUCUGUUCGACUCCCGAAACCAUUCAAAAACCAAGACGUGGCUUCCAAUUGGCUGCAGGAGCUUUCUGCACUCAAGCGGAAACCGAGUCGGAUGUUUGGUUUCGAAGAACCGUUCGCAAACCAGAACACUUACUUCUGGGUUUGCGGCAUUCGGGAGCCGAUUUGUUUGACAACUAAGUCAUUCGAGAACCAAGGUACCACUUUAUGGCUUUAGUAAAUCAAUGGCCUGCUUAUUUUAUGCUGUUGGUGUUAAGUACACUUUGCCACUUCUGAGUUACACAUUUUUAGUUAACUUUAAUCUGUCUUCCAUAUGCUUUUCUGGUUGUUAAUUACAUGUUCCACUUUAUAUUUUACUCCAAAGAAGGAAACAAGAGAGGAUUUGUUGCAAAGUGAUUGUUUUUGUACAAUAUUUAUUUUAGGUGCAACCUCGUAGAGCUUCUGAUUUAUAUCUUUAUUUUUCCCACAGACACUCUGUUAAUGAGACAACAGUUUCAGAAAGGUAAAUUUUCUAUGGAGGAUGACACUUGGGGAGGGAAUGGAGACUGGUGUUUCGUUGGCAUCAAACAGUCUGUUCUGCAGACUUUGGAAACACAAAUAGCUUUAUUAUCGUUAUGAGCCCUAACGAUAAUUUAGAUUUAGAGGGGUUGUGGCAGAAAAGGAACCUACUGGCACAUGUGGUGGUCUUGUAAACAUGUAUCCAAAUGUUGAGAAGUGGUGAUGAAGGAGAUUUCUGAAAAAAUAGACCCCAAAUUGUGUCCUUCAUCAAUUUGGAUGGAUUGAAUAUGGACUUAAUAUAAAAACAGCUUACAAUCCAGUUCCAUGCUGCUUUGCUGGAUACUGUCUUCUCCCAUCCCUGUGGAUCAGCCAUGACAAGGGGGUGGGACCAUCCACCUAUCACUCAGCUGAUGUCAGAUGACUGACACUUGCUCAUGCAGAAGAGCUGAGUAAAUGUUUUCUAGGUGGUUUUGCUUCUUGUAGAAGACAGCUUGAUAGACACAAGGGGCACAUUAUAAAUAUUUCGACAACAGAAACCCGAUUCAUAUGUGGUGGGAUUGUCCAUUAGUUAAUGAAUUUUGGAAACAGCUUGUCAUAGAAAUAUAAGGAAUUGUGGGUAGGAAGGUGGGAAUAUCUAAAUUAAUGGUUCUUAUUAAUCUGAGUAGCACUGAGUUAAAACAAAAGAGGAAUGUAAAUGGGUAAAAUUAGAUGGUAACUGCAGCCAGACAGGUUAUAGCGAGUAACUGGAAAAAUGCAGAAGAGCUAGGGGUGAACCAAUGGAGGAAAAAACUGAAUAAUAUUAUAAUUUUAGAAUAUCUAACUGUGAAAAUACACAGAAUGAAAGGAUUUAAGGUCAGUGAGAAAGAGGAGGAUUGGUUUGAGAAGAUAUUGAAUUAUUUGGGUAGGUUUGAACAAUUUGGGGCAAUUAAAAUGUUAAAAGUUAAAUAAACCUUAUGGAUGGAGGAGUAUAUAAAAUUGUAGAUAUGGUUGAUUUGAAUAUUAUUAUUGAUUAUGUAUACCCGCCUGGGGGGUUUCACUGUUUGUGUUUUGGUUGUUGGUAAAAAAAUAAAAAUUUUAAACAUUAAAAAAAAGAAAAGAAACCCAAUUCACUGAGAUUUAUUGUGGGCAAGUCUUGGAAGGAGGAAAGGAGAAUCCCAGUCCUUCAUGCAACGCAAGAAAAUCUUGCUGAUUUGAGAUGGAUUGUGAUUCCUGGGAUGUUUUAUGUAUCCAGAUGCCUGUCUGUCUCUCAGACUGAUUCUGCCUCUCCUUCUCUUUUCCUCUUCUCCCCCCCCCCCAUCCCACUUUACAACAGCAGAUAUAAUUAUGGAUCCAGACACAGCGCAUCCUCUGCUCAUCCUGUCUGAGGGCGGUAAAAAGGUGGAACGGGGAAACAAGCAGCAAGAAUUGCCCGACAACAUUGAGAGAUUCAACAAACUGACUUCGGUGCUGGGGUGUGAGGGAUUCACGGCAGGGAGACAUUUCUGGGAAGUCAUUCUGGGAGGGGAGGGGAUGUGGGCUGUAGGGGUCGCCAGGAAGUCUGUGAGGAGAAAGGGCUUCUUUCCCUUCAGUCCCGAGAAAGGAUUCUGGGCUGUAGGAAAGAUUAAUCAUGGGUAUUGCGUCUUGAACCCUCCCGAUUACCUUCCUCUGAGUGGGGAGCCUGAGAGGAUCCGAGUGACUCUGGACUAUCAAGGGAAGCAAGUGUCUUUUUUCAAUGCUGAAACAGGAGCCCUGAUCUACACAUUCUUGGGAGCCUCCUUCUCUGAUGAGACCCUACUUCCUGUGUUUUGGGUGAAAGAGAAAGCCCACCUCAGAAUUGUGGGAUGAAAGGUAAAGGGACCCCUGACCAUUAGGUCCAGUCGUGGCCGACUCUGGGGUUCCGGCGCUCAUCUCACUUUAUUGGCCGAGGGAGCCGGCGUUUGUCCGCAGAUAGCUUCCGGGUCAUGUGGCCAGCAUGACUAAGCUGCUUCUGGCGAACCAGAGCAGCGCACAGAAACGCCGUUUACCUUCCCGCCAGAGCGGUACCUAUUUAUCUACUUGCACUUUGAUGCGCUUUCGAACUGCUAGGUUGGCAGGAGCAGGGACUGAGCAACGGGAGCUCACCCCGUUGCAGGGAUUUGAACCGCCCAUCUUCUGAUUGGCAAGUCCUAGGCUCUGUGGUUUAACCCACAGCGCCACCUGCGUCCCUGAAUUGUGGGAUAGCCAACCUCAUAUAACCAACAUGCUUAAGUCUAGUUAAUGUACUAAAGGGUUAAUGUGAUAGAGCAAGCUGUCCUGCCAGGCUUAGCUAGGGCACUCCUUUGGAAGAAGAUAAUCAAAGCCUUUAUUCAACAUCAGUCUACCUGAGAAGCUCAGUGUGUAAGGUCAGAGCAGGUUGUUGCAGCUCAGGCCGCAUGGCUGUUAGAAUCCACUCUUGAGUUCCUAUACCAAUAACUUAGGAGCUUUCACUAUUGUAACGAAGCCAGGUUUUACCGCCUGUGUUUUCUGACUGAUGUAUGGAAAAACACAUGAACCUGACCUCUGAAGAGUUUGUAAGUAAACCAAUUUUUAACUGACCAGACGUGUGGUCUUUUUCUAUGCUAGGGGAAGAGGGGAACUUUAGAAGGAACUUAGAAUGGCAUAUUGUAAAGGUCUAACAACCUGUAUUUCCAUGCUUUACUUUGCGGCGUAUUUUGCAGUUUUAAAUCUCUGCUGGAGUUAUCUCCCCAAAGAGUACUUGCCCCAGACUUGGACCUUGGCAUCCAGGAACUCUCCUCUUAUUUUUCCUUGCCAGCCAACAAUAAUUACAGAAUGA